AAAUACUGUGGUGCACUUUUUGGGAGAUAAUUUUGGUAGCAAAUAACCUCCACAACAUACAUCUUCUCCCUCAAUGUCACCGUCUCCAGAAAUUCCAAGCUUUUGAAGAAUGAUUUCUUCUAUAAUCUCCAUGCUUCCAAUCUCUUCAUCAUUCACUUCCACCAGUAUUACAACAACCACCACCAUCAACUGUUCCAUAACUAUACGAUACAAAGCAACAGCCUUCCUAAAAAAAUCGUCGUCUCAAACCCACCUUAACUCCAAAUCCCCCCAAUCUCCCGUUGUUGAAAAUACUCUUAGGGUUCUCGAGUGGGAUAAAGUCUGUGAUUCGGUUGCUUCAUUUGCGGGUACCUCAUUCGGACAACAAGCCACCAAGGCAGAGCUAUGGUGUUUGGAUCAGUCAUAUCAAGAGAGUUUGAGACUAUUAGCAGAGACAAAUGCGGUUGUCGAAAUGCACAAUCAUGGUGGUUGUAUCAUGGAUUUCACAUCCCUCAAUAUCGCAUUGGUAAAAUCUGCUAUACAACAUGCUCACAGGGGCUUUCCUGUUGAUGGGAUUGAAGCAAUAGCCCUUGUAACCAUGCUACAGUUGGCUGACUCACUUCAGAUCAAUCUUAAAGGUGCAAUAAAGGAAGACUCAGAUUGGCUACAACGUUUCAUGCCAAUUGCAGAAAUGAUCAUGGAUAUGUCCAUCAGUCGCCCUUUAAUAAAGUUAAUACAAAGUCUUGUAGAUGAAGAUGGCUGUGUGAAAGAUUCAGCGAGUCCUACCUUGAGAAGAUCUCGUGAACAAGUUCGAUCUCUUGAAAGAAAGUUAUCCCAGUUGAUGGAGAGUCUAAUCAGUAAUGAGAUGAAAGAAACAUCAUCUGUGGAAGUAAGCAAAACGGAUGGGAGAUGGUGUAUAAAAUCAGGAACUGAUCUAAAAAGAAGCUUUGAUGGUCUAUUGUUAUCAAGUGGUUCAGGAACAGGAAGUGUUGUGGAGCCACUUACUGCAGUUCCAUUAAAUGAUGAGUUGCAACAAGCAAGAGCUUCAGUAGCCAAAGCUGAGGCUGAUGUUCUUCUAGGAAUAACACAAAAGAUGCAAACAGAUCUUGAUGACAUAGAGAACUUGUUGGAUACUAUAAUCCAAUUAGAUGUGAUCAAUGCUAGGGCAACGUAUAGUAUUUCAUUUGGUGGGACUUAUCCAGAUCUGUUUUCCUCUGAGGACUCCAACUCAAAAUGGAAAUUGUAUCUUCCAAAAGCUAAUCAUCCUCUACUACUUCAACAGCAUCGACAAAAUCUGCACAAGGCUAUGAAAGAUCUCAGUGAUGCUAAUGCUGAAAUUAGAAGGAGAAGACAACAGGCAGGUAUUAUUGCUAGUCAGAGAGAAGAAGAAACAUCAACAACUCUCUCAUCUCUGGAAGCACAAGUUGCAAAGGUAAAACAAUCAUCUCCUGUUCCAGUUGAUAUAUUCAUAGCACAGAACACUAGAGUUCUGGUUAUAACUGGCCCAAACACUGGAGGGAAGACCAUUUUCUUGAAGACAGUAGGGUUAGCUGCCAUGAUGGCAAGAUCAGGUCUUUAUGUGUUGUCAUCUGAACCUGUAAAGAUGCCAUGGUUUGAUUCUGUAUUUGCUGAUAUUGGUGAUGAGCAGUCUUUGUCUCAAUCUUUAUCUACCUUCUCAGGUCAUCUCAAACAAACUAGUGACAUACUGGCACACUCAACAAGUCAAUCAUUAGUGCUCUUGGAUGAGGUGGGUGCGGGUACGAAUCCUUUAGAAGGAGCUGCUUUGGGGAUGUCACUCCUUGAGUGCUUUGCAGAAGCUGGACCCUUUUUGACAAUGGCUACCACCCAUCAUGGUGAGCUUAAAACCCUCAAAUACAGCAAUGAUGCCUUUGAAAAUGCAUGUAUGGAGUUUGAUGAAGUGAAGUUGAAGCCGACAUAUAGGAUCCUCUGGGGAAUUCCAGGACGUUCAAAUGCAAUAAACAUAGCUGAAAGACUAGGACUUCCUGAUGUGAUUGUAGAUAAUGCUCGUCAACUCCAUGGAACAUCAAGUGCAGAGAUUAAUCAGGUUAUAGAAGAUAUGGAGAAGUUGAAGCAGAAGCUUCAUGACCAUAUUCAUGACACACAACAUCAUCUUAAGCUUGCUAGGGAGCUUCAUAGAAAUCUAGUUGUUAGCGAACGUAGGAUCAACCAACAUGCAACAAGUCAAAGAUACAGAAAAAUCCAAGAAAUAUCGGAUGCAGGUGGAGUGUCACGUUCCAUACUUCACAAAAAAGUUAGACAGGUGCGUGCAUCCCCAUCCCCACCCCCACCCCCCAACUCACCUCCACCUACCUCCUCUACCAGUCACACAUCUACUACUGUUACACAAAACGUUGCAGCAAAGUCAAGCAACAGCAAUGUGGGAGAAGAAAAGAGGAGGAGCAAAGUUGUGAAGGUAGGUGAUAUGGUGCAUGUUUCUAAAUUUAACAAGAAAGCAAUUGUGUUGAAAGUAGAUCCUAGUAAAGAAGAAAUAGUAGUUCAAGUUGGGAACAUGAAGUUGAAGUUGACCUUAGCCGAUGUUGUAACUUGAUGUUGUCCAUUCCUUUCUAACCAUAAACCGGGAAGUUGUCAUCCUUGUAUAAGGAAUCAUUUUUAUGUGGAUGCGCAUGCACAUGAUUAUAUCAAAAAACCCAUUUUAUUUUGUUAGGCCAGUACAAAAAAACUGAAUAUACCAAAAUUCAUAA